AUGAGUUCUAUCGGUGUCGUGGUGUUCCGCAACUCGCCACUCGGCAAAGUGCAGGUGCUUCAAGAAUCCGUGAAUAAUUCUGUGAACAUAACCAAUAAUGAUGGCAAUCAAAACACUCCUCGUGAAAUUAUAAUUGUGAGAAAAAAGCAGAAGCUACAACCUUCUCCAACAACAGUGUCAGUGACUUCGUUAGUUAGAGCUGCCGAGCCUCUCUCAUCUAAUGUUAUUUCCAAGAAAACUCGGCUUCGAGAAAAUAGUACAGAAGAAGCAGUGCGGGCUCCAACUCCGCUCGCGGUUGCUCGAAGAAAUGCGCGCGAAAGAAAUAGAGUGCGUCAAGUAAAUGAUGGAUUCGCAGCACUCCGCAGACAUAUACCAGACGAAGUAGCUGCUGUUUUCGAAAACGCUAAUUCAAACAGGGGCCCUAACAAAAAGCUAAGCAAAGUAGAGACUUUGCGCAUGGCUGUGGAAUACAUCAGAAAUUUAGAAAAUUUGUUGAAUAUUGGUCAUGCUGAUAAAGAAAAUACUUCACGUCCUACGAUGGAAUCAUUUCCUUCUCCAGCUUCUUCUUCGCCAAGAGGAAACAGCCAAGAAAGGAGCUAUUUUUCAUUGAAUUCUCCCGCAGUUGAAGAUGAUGACAUGGAAGAAGAUGAACUAGACGGAUCUCUUCAUCUUCCUCAUCAGCGGUAUGUAGAAAUACAAGCCACAGAAUCGUUCCAGUUGGUAGCUACUCCACAUUUAUAUGACGAAGAAGAACACGGUACACAGCCUUUAACACCAUCUCCGGAUCUUCUAGGACAUGACGAAGUUAAUUCCCAUUUACUGGAUGGCCAUUUUACAUUUCCAAGUUCAGCCGAACAGUUUACAGUAAUUCCAGAUCGCAAUUACCUGAGUGAAAACGACGUACUAGUGAAUGAGAGUGAUUUUGAAGUUAAAUAUUCUGAAACAAUUAACCAACAAUUGCAUCACAGUUUCAAUGAGGAGGCAAGUCUUCCAUUGGUUACUAUUGAUUCUGACCUUAUAGGAGUGCAUAAUGACUAUAAAUUCAAAGACGAAGACAAUACAUUUGUUCAAACCCAAUAUACUGAUGAUUUAGAACUAAAAAAAGAGUUACCUGAUAUUCAGGUCACACCUGAAGAUCGUGAAGAGUUUGAAGAAACCUUAAAAUGGUGGCAAGAGAAAACUAGACGAGCCCGUCCUUUAACUAACAUCAAUAAAUAA